GCAGAUUGAAUCCGAUGUCGAGCGAGAUGAAGAUAGAACACGAACUCCUGCAGAAAUAAUAAAUGAUGUGUUGACUUGCAUUCAGAAUCGUGAAGAGGAAGCGGCAACAAGAGUAGACAAAUUGGGGAGUCUGGUACGAUUGAUAAAAAAUCACGAAAGGUUAAAAUACACUUAUCCGGCCGAGCCUUUUCUACGGGGGCUGAGAUUUUGUGUGACAGACUCGGUCAAGGAAGUUAGAAUAGCGGGUUAUCGAGCCUUACGUUAUUUGAUCGCUGACAUUACGACUUUGGAUCAAAUAAUAAGUUUGCAUUAUGAUAUGUUUUUUAUGAGGUCUUUAUCAAAGGAACCGCGUUCACACAACGAUGAAAGGGAACAGGUGAUCAAAAUAGUAAGAACUUUCUCUGAUGUUACGGACGGGACGAAGCGUAUACCAAUUGGUGUAUUGAGAUGCAUCGUUUCCAUAGCGGAACAACUAGAUGAUAAACUGAGGAAUAUUUGCCUCGAGACUUUAGCAGAAAUAAUGAUCCGAGAGCCAAUACUUAUUACUCGUUGUGGCGGGAUGAGGAUAUUGCUGCAAGCCUUAAUGGACGGUCCCCUGGAGCUUUCGGAAUAUUUGGUGAUGGCUUUAUUAUACGUGAUAGAUACUCCUGAUUCUAGAGAUUGCAUAAGACCCGGGGUUGAUUUAGAGAUUGUUCUUUCUGGUUUCACUGAUGCGUGCAACAAAGGUCCAAAGUUUGAACAACAAGUGAGGGCCAGCUCUAGAGCAAUAUCAGUACUAUUAAAAUCGUGGACAGGAAUCAUAUACUUAUGCGUAGAUAAUAAACAAGCCGUGAGAUCUAUCGUGGAAUCCUUCAGAAUAACAUCGGAUGAAAUACGGGAAAUUAUGCUUGAUAUGUUUUUCAAUAUUUUCCGAAUCAAAGCGCCAGAUUGGUAUCCAAGUUUUUUAUCGGGAAAAAGGCUCACGGUUUAUGGACUAUUAUCGCCGGGAGAAAAAAGUAGCGAACCCAAAUCCGAAUCGUUAAAGGUCCAAGACAGGCUCAAUUUGUUAGAUCACCAUUUGGUAAUCUUGUUAGAGAUAUUCAUAGACGCAGGACUUCUUGAUGCGCUAGUUGAAAUUAUAGAAGAUAAAAACCAGCAUGUUGCGCGCAGAGCAACGCUAUUUAUCGGGGAAAUACUUCAAUUGUCCAAUCGAUUACUAUCUUCCCUCCCCAAGCUUUUUAACCUAGCCACCAAGUUUGAUAAUGAAAUUGUACGUCACAGCGCAACAGCAGCGUUAUCGCAUAUUGAUAAUUUAAAUCGAACUCGAAGUCGUCUGCAAGUAAACGCGAUAGACACCGAUGAUUCAACGUCUUCACCAAAUCAACGAAGGCGAAACGCACGUCAGGUUGAGAAUGUGAAAAUUAAAAUGGGCAUACAGAUUGAUGACGCCCAUUUUAGGAACAUGUUAUUGGAAACUCAGGUUCUAAAUACUAAAGAUUAUCUUAAAUGGAAUUGGGAAACACUGCUGGAAUUAUUGCAAGGCCCACUACUGAACCCGAGGCGACUCGAAGAAGCAAUCAGAUCCAAGUUUAUGAAGCGACUUCUUGGAUUUUUUAGACCGACCAGUCGGCGAUUUUCUGAAAUUGAAAAAACUCCUGAGAAUGAACGCUAUAUACAAUUGGGGUGCACGCUCAUAACAACGCUGUUGGCUAAUGCUGAUGGUGUAAAGUAUUUGGAAAGCAAUAAAUUUCUAAGGCAGAUUGCGGACGGUUUGAAUCAGCUUGAUCCUAUUCACGGAACUUUUGAGACAGAACCAUUAUUAUUGGAGAAAUUCAAAAUUUUCAAUACAUUUUAUCAUCUAAGUGAAUUGCGAAGCCGAGAAGAUCUGAUAAAGGCCAUAAUAACAAAUCUUGAUUACGGCCUAGAUGCACACCCUCGUAUCCUUCUUUCGAAAGUGAUGACAUCAGGAUAUAAGCGUGUUCGACUUUAUGCCACAAAACACCUCGGACUAAUCCUGCGUACGUCACCUAAUAAAUUUAAUGAGUGGGGAAUUCAGUUACUCAUAACUCAGUUGUAUGAUCCUGCAAUGGAAGUGUGCCAAGUGGCGGUACGUGUUCUGGAAGAAACGUGUAACCACAAAGAAAACAUUGAGCUGCUUGUCAAACUGCGACCUAGUUUAGAUAAUCUGGGAGAAGUAGGCAAUCCCUUACUGUUGAGAUUCUUAUCCACCUCUAUUGGAUUCAAAUAUCUUUCUGAAUCUGAUUAUGUUGAAAAAGAAAUGGACGAAUGGUUUCAGUCUCGUAAUCAGUACUAUGUGACCCAGCUGGAAGUGUCCUUAGCAAAUGCAUUGAAGCUUGAUGGCGAUGAAGUACGUGGAGAUGAUGAUGACAAGGAAGUUAAAAUGCACAAUUUUGAUGGAAUGUCUCCGGCACACUUUUACGGUGAACUUACUAAAACAGAAGAGGGUUGUCAAUUAUUAAGAGAGAAAGGUCAUUUUUCCGAGUUUGCAAAUUUCAUAAGAGAACAUGGGAUGGAACGACGUGACGCUGUUAUAAUUUCAAAACUAAAAUCGAUCCUCUGGGCUGUGGGAAAUAUUGGGGGAUCCAAAAGUGGGCUGCAAUUUUUGGAAGAGGAAGACAUUGUAAAAGACAUAGUUUCUAUUUCUGAAAAUUCCACUGUCCUUUCAUUAAAAGGGACCUGCUUUUUUGUACUGGGUUUAAUUGCAAAAACUGCAUCUGGUGUCAAAAUCUUAGAAGACUUAAAGUGGGAGUGUGUAUAUGAUCCAUAUACAGAAAUAGGAACUGGCUUAUGUUGCCCUAUGAAUUCUGAUGCAUUUCUCUCAUUUCCAAAAUGGACUUACAAAGGAUUUGAGUAUACACCUGAUCUGCCUGUGAAGUCUAUAGUUCCAAGUUCACAGGCUGAAAGGGAUCUAUUAAAAGCCAUGGCAAAUUUAACCAAUAGGAUAUUGUCAAGUGCAGGCUCAAAAAGCUUAUCCAAGAUAAAAUCUCAAUAUCCAGAAAUAUUCUCACAAAUAGGCUCCUAUUACAAGGUGGUUCAGAUGUUGUCAUCAUAUCAUUAUAGACUGCCUACUCGGCGUUUUGCAAGCGACUUAUUUGAUGUGGAUUUCACGGCAGAUGCAUUCGAUCAACUCGAUAAGCUUGUAGAUGCACAAACCCGUGCCGUCGAGGCCAACGGAACUUCAGAUGACACAGCAGAUGAAGAAGAGGACAAUCAAAUCCAUCAACAAAAAAUGGAAAAUUUUGCAAGGGUCCAUCGCGGUAGCGAUGGUGUUGUGGCCAUAAUUUCUGAAGAUAGGGCAGAUUCGACGACGGAGAUUGUACCAAAGCAAGACUUACAACCUCUUAAG